AUGGUUGAUGUAAAAAUUAAUCAAGGGGACUCUACCACCCAAGAAUCUCAUUUCUCAAGUGAUAGCUAGUUCCAAUAUGCAAGAGGCUUGCUUAUUUUUUAGAACUCUAAUGAUUCUUCUAAUGGAAAUCUCUCAUUAUUAAAGACAUCGAAUUAGCUUCAACCCUUUAAAACUCUUUCACUUUGUUAAGGCUCAUUUCUUGAAUCUAACAAGAAUGGAAAUGAUAUAGAGAGACUAAAGGAAACAUUUACUCUAUGUUCAUCAUAUAAUCAAAUUAAGACUUAAGCAUAAAGCAAAGUAAGCAAGGGCUUCAUUGCAGUAGCAAAAGCACCAAUAAAACUAGCAGACUUAAUAAUCUUAUCUUUGGAGAAGAUUGGAGAUGGUGCUAGGGCCACACCUUAUUUCAUGACAGGGCAGAAUUGUAAAGGAAGUAAAAUCUUCGAUAGAGUGGAUGUGUCUACCAUUAUUGAUGGUAUAGCUUAUGGUUCUGUCAGCAUGAUUAAAGAAAUAUUAGGCGCAGUAGCAGGGAUUGUCUUAGAUCCAAUACUAGGAGCGAAAUCAAAAGGAUUUAAAGGUGGGGCUCAAGGAUUUGGAAAAGGUUUGCUUGGUUUAAUAUUCAAGCCAGUUGCAGGCACAAUAGAUCUUGUAACAUAUACUACUAGAGGCUUAGGAAAGACUCCUAAGACAAUACACCAAAGAAUUAAAAAGAUUGUGAACAAAAGAAGAAUGAAAAGUUUAUUGGUGAAAUAGAAAUUCACUCAGCCCCCAAUUAGACCUUAUAUACCUUCAGAAUAAGAUUUAUAGGAGUAGGAAAAGAAAAGAUUAAUAAGAUUGAGAGAGUAAUAAUAAGCUGGAAAAUUUAAAUAUAAUGACUAAUUUUGUAUAGGCUAAACUGACCUACAUCAAUACUAUAUUAACAUCAAUGAUAUGAAGUUGAAUAUUUCCAAGCUCUAGGAAAUUGAUGUUAAUUAGAAUCUAUUCUAAGAUUUCUAGGAUUACGAGGGUCUGUCACAAUCAAUUACCAAAAUUUUGACUAAAUUCAUAGCUAAAAAUGAGAACAAAUCAAUUGAAGCUUUAAUUGAUAAAAUUUCCAGAGUCUUAAAGCAAAGGAUCAACCAUUUUAAUAUGGAUAAACUUGAUAAAGGUAUAGUAUCAUUGCUCUAGAUAGAUGAAGACGAUGAGUUUUCCUCAGAAUCCUCAGUAGAUGAUGCUAUUAACAGAAAGAAUAUAGACUCAAUACCAUCUAUUUAGGACGAGUAGAAUUUCCAAUUCUUAGAGCUAGAUGAUGAUUUAGAAGAAAAUUUUAAUUAAAUUCAUGAACUUUCAGACAAUGGCCAUGAUCCUGAUUAAAAACCAUCUGAUCUCAAGUAGUUUUUGAUUGAAGAAAAAUACAAGAAUAAGAAUCUUGAAAUUUAUAUGGUCGAAGCAGAAUAAGUUGUUGAUGAGGAAUUUGAUGGUUUAUAAUUUGACGAUUAAUAAUCAUCAAAAAGUUUACAAAUGAGUUAACGAAAGCUUUCCAAUAAGAGUUCUAAAGAUGGAUACAAUAGCUCAUUGUAAAACUAUCAAUUCUAUGAUGCAAAGGAUGAUGAACUUCAAAGUUAUCGAGAUUAGGAUUUAUUUAUGUCGGCUCGUGGAAGCCAUUAAUUUGAAAAAAGCAGAGAUAUUUUUAGACCUUUAACUCCUUCACAUGAAUAUAAGAGUAAAUUUGAGUUGUCUUAGAAAACCUAAUAGAAAUUGAACGAUCAAAGUUAAAUGAAAGAUUAAGGUUUUUAUUUUGGACAUUUGUAAUGUGAUGAAAUUAAGGUCAAUUUUAUAAAGAUUCUUAUCACUAAAUAUCUGCAAAUGAUGAAAAUAUAUGAUAAAAAAGUGCACUAAAAGCUUCAAACAGAGGACAAUUUACUUGUGAUGUUUGAAAAGAAUCUCAAGGAUGAGAUACUUAAAGAUAAUGAAAUAAAAACUAUUCAGCUUGAAAUAAGAUUGAAAAAUUCAAAUAUAUCAGUCAAAUCUAUCAAAAAUAUCAAAAACUCAGUUAUUAGUCACACAAGUGGAAGAUAAGAUAAAAGAAUCUAAUUUGGAUAAAAUGAAUUAGAUUAGAAAUUGGUAAAGAAAUUGAAGAUUAUUGAAUAUGCAAAAAGAUUGCCAAUAAUUAUCAGAUCAGAUGAAUAUAGAAGUGCAGAUGCUCAUAAAAAUGGGGGGUUUGCCCUAACAGAUUAGAAAGUUUUAUAAAAGUAUAGGAAUGCAGGUAAAGAGCUCAUCAAAUAAAUAGGAAAAUAAUUAAUUACAGGGAAUUUCAACCUUACAAAUACUUCUUUUCCUAUAAAAUGUAUGUCGCAUAAAACGAUUCUUGAACUUAUCGCCUCUGUAACUUGCGUUGGUCCCGCUUAUCUUAAUGCAGCAGCCUUUGCUGAAGAUCCAGUAGAAAGAAUGAAAUAUGUUAUGACAGCAAGUGUGGCUUUUGUGUAUCCUACUCAUCAUUUUGAUAAACCAUUAAAUCCUGUACUUGGAGAAACUUUCUAAGCCGAAUUACCUGAUGGUAGCAAUGUAUAUAUGGAAUAAACAUGCCAUAAACCACCUAUUUCUCAUGUUUUACUUGAAGGACCUGAUUAAAAUUAUACUUGGAGUGGGUAUUCAGGGUUUUCAGCAAAAGCUUAUCUUAAUUCUAUCGUCUUGAAUGUCUAUGGAUCAAAGCAAAUUAUUUUUAAAGAUGGCACAAAGAUUGUUUAUAAUAACUAAGGAGAUGCUUUUAAUAACACUUUCUUUGGAAUUUUGAAUCACUAGAUAAAUGGUAGAAUCGAAUUUAAAGAUGAGUAAAACGGUGUUACUGCAUAUUAUGAAAUUGGAAAUAACAAGAAAAAAGCUUAAGAUUUUUUCACUGGUGAAAUAUUCCUAAACAACAAAAAGGUUAGUGAUGUCUCAGGAAACUAUAUGGGAUAUAUUGAAUUCGAUAAGCAGAGAUACUGGGACCUUAGAGACUAAGUAAUCUAUGAUGUGGUUGGCUUACCACUUGUUUAAUGCUUGAACUCUGAUAGCAGAUAUAGAAUAGAUUCAUAAGCUUUGCUAACAGGGGAUGUGGAAUAAGCCUAGAAGAACAAAGAGAUAUUGGAGCAUUUGUAAAGACAUGAUAGAGCGAAUAGAGAGGCUGCUGAGAAGAGAAGAUCUAAAGGUGGGGCAAAAUAUGUCUAUAAGAAUUGA